UCGCACGUCUGCCCCUGGUGCUUCCACGAGCAGCCAAGCAGGACAGGAGAAAGGAGAGGAGGAGAGGAACCAAAAAUGGCGCCACACCAGCGGGGCGCCGUGGGAGGGAAGGAGGAGAAAGCCCGGCUCCUGGAUGUCGACGAGAUCGUCGAGGCGCCAGGAGCCGCGCGUGGCCGCGUGCCGGUGCCGCCGUGGUCGGAGCAGCUGACAGCGCGCGGCCUGGUUGUGAGCGUGGCCGUCGGAACCAUGUACAGCGUCAUCGUCAUGAAGCUGAACCUCACCACGGGUCUCAACCCUACUCUCAACGUCUCCGCCGCGCUCAUCUCCUUCGUCAUGCUCCGCGGGUGGACGCAGGCCCUCGCCCGCCUCGGCAUCCCCGUCAAACCGCUUACGAGGCAGGAGAACACCGUUGUCCAGACCUGCGCCGUCGCCUGCUACAGCGUCGGCGCUGCAGGGAUGGAUCAGGAACAUGGUACAGAGAGUUAUGCAUGGAUACGUAUACGUACUGCUGUGGGCUGCGCUCACUGCUCACAUACAUACGUAUACGUACUGCUGCGGGCUGCGGCUGCUGGAUUGCCGCACGGCGGGCGACGUGCACAGCGGUGACCGAGGCGACCACAGCGACGAGUGGACGAACAGACGAGCAAGGCGUCCCCGAGAUCUUCGAUUGAUUUGUUUCACAAUCGAAACGAGCGGCCCUGCCGUGCGGCAUGCUUGACGCUUCGCUAAUCGCUACCUGCUAUCUGAUGGGCCUACCUCAUCUCGUUUUUCUUCUCUCAUAAAUUUUUUUCUCACCUAUUUUGCUUGGCUAUGUUAUAUAUGUGCACUACAUCAUGGGCCCCUCCCUGGGCUGGGCCCUGGGCCGUUGCCCCCCUGCCCAUGCCCCAGGGCCGGCCCUGACCGUAUCAACUACCCCACCAGCUAUUGACUUACCAAAUACUCCCUCCGUCCCAUAAUGUAAGACGUCUUUUGAUACUAAUGUAGUGUCAAAAAACCUCUUACACUAUGAGACGGAGGGAGUAGAAAUUUAUUUUCUUUAAUAAGCCAAUAAAUAAAUACUUGUGAAAUAAAUGUUUACCGAAUAAAAUCCUACUGUAUGAUUUCUUCUC